AUGAGCGACGGCAAAAUAUCUUCGCAGGCGCAGAGCAGUAAGCCAAGUUCCAAGAAUGCUCGCAAGCGUGCCCAAAAUCGUAUUUCGCAACAAUGUCGGCGCGAGCGUGACUCAGCCAAAGCAAGGCAUCUCCAAAAUUCACUUGCGGCAAUCCAGUCUGCGUCUAGUCUGAAUAACAAAGACCAAUAUUCUAUUCUACUUCAAGCAUACCUUGAACUCGUCGAUGAAAAUGAAAGCCUCCGUGAAACCGUUCUUGGGUUUCGCAAACGCUUCCUGAGCUUGAGCAACGCCGCUGCUACCGCUGCUGAGGACCCUAUCUUCGAAAAACUGUUAAAGAAACGCAAUAAAAAUGUCGACCAUUCAAUGCUAUUGCCUGAGAAAUUGGUCGACGCGGAGUCGGAUACCCCGAUCGCUGAUGCAGAUGCAGCCAUCACCCAAUCCAGAGUCCAAAUGGCAGAUAAGAAUUCUCGGAACACUACCUCCCUAAGCGCGGGCCGAUUGUUAUUCGACCCAGCAAUGGCGUCUUCCUCGGAUCCCACUGUGGGCUUUGACCACAAUAUCCGUGCGUUAGAUAACUCGAUGGCAUUUACUCAAGAGCCCCUGAUAUCGCUGAGUUGCUUACCGUCUUUUAAUUCGCAUGAGAUCUACGUCUACUCACCCAAUGAGUUUGCCGACAAAGUUUUAAGUGCUUGUCGGCAUUAUCUCAAUAACGAGAUGCAAGCAGAACCUGCAGGGCUUGCGUGUUCCUCCAUAGAGAUACAAAAUGAGCUUUUGAGUCAGCAAGUUGCUGCAGCUGCAAUACGGUUUCUAAGUCGUGCGGCUGGGAUUGAGCUCUAUGUGUAUCACACUGGCCGUGCAGACUACCUUGAGAAAAUCGUGCAGUGGAGACUUAGCAUGAUUCCAGAUGAUGGUGCGGCUAUUCCGAAACCCUUUGCGCCCACACGACUACAACAUCGACAAAACGCUGGCGCAGUACCUCAUCAUCUGCUAGUCGAUUUCAUCUGCUGGCCGGAAAUUCGGGAUCAAGUUGCACUAUAUGCCACGAGCCUGAACUUGGAUGAAUUGCAGCGCGACAUCGUUCGGAAUACAGUCUUCGAAGCACCGCAAUAUGGCGUGGCAUUUCAUGUGUUUGAUGUUUUAAAUGCCGGAAUUCUUAGUCAAUAUCAGCUUGAUUACGAACAAUCAUCAACUUACGUCCGGAAUAUGGAGUGGAUUUUCUUCAAAGCAAUUGGAAAAGAAACUCAUUCUGGCAAUAAAUAUGAUCCAGUGGAAGCAGCAAUAUUGCAAGAGCUCAAAUUCAUCAUACAGCAGCAAAGUGCAGUAUCGCUCCACGGGCUAUCAAUGCUGGAACUAGAACUAGGCAUGAACCAGGUACUCAAUGAGCCAUUCCCAACACGCAAUGCCACUUGGUGUGGAUGGCCCGUUGGCAACGACACUGCGGCUGCUAACAUGGAGCUGGGAUCUGAUGCUGAGAAUGUCUUAGCGGCACAGAAUCCUAGUCUCUGGAAAGUUAGUAAAACAUUUGCAGAAAAAUACCCCAUGAUCGACUGUUCAUCAGUAUCUAACUAA